AGUUAACAUUUCAUCACGGCCAGCUGGCCAGGAAACUGGUUAUCGGAAAUUGGGUGGUUGGAGCCAUUUAUUAGUUCUAGUAUGACCUGUAAAUUGUCUAUAUUCUUGUCAUUUAGGCGGAGUGGUUGUGGCGUCACCUGUCUCAAUAUAAUCAAUGGUUAGAUGAUGCUUGGAUUAAAUAUAUUCAGUUCAAUCAAAUUGUGAACUGCAAGCCCCUCCCCUCCAAAAGAACAUGUCGACACCCGGCAUGCAGGACAAUAUUUUUCAUCUAAAUUCUAACGUGCAUAUGAUCUGAGGCCUCCAAUCAUUAAGCCGUCCUCCGUUACUUGGUCUUCAGAUUACAAUAGAAGCUUCUUUUUCUCGGUCGCAAGAUUCACACAAAACCAGCAACGAUCACCAAGCUCCGUAUGCUGCAGCACCUUCAUAUAACUGAUUAUUUCAAGCAUCAGUUGAACCUCCUUUUCGGAAGAAACGUUUAGUAGCCUGGAGAAACUAUGCGAUUUCAGAAUUAUCUGUUGCUGCUAAUAAAACGAUUUCAUUUUUAUACUAUUACCCAACAAUGCAAUCCAACUGACUGCAAAUUUCAGAAUUAUCUGACCAAUGUCUUUGGCUCGGAAAUAGCCUGGAGAUUGCUGGCCUGGAAGGCUUCUUUCUGAAAAUGGAAAUGGAAAUUGGGCGUAGGUAAUUUUGUUAGUGCGUAGUCCUGGUAGCAUCGAACAUGCAUUGAGUGACUUCGUCAUAAGUUAACAUUUCAUCACGGCCAGCUGGCCAGGAAAUUGGUUAUAGGAAGUUGGGUGGUUGAAGUGAUUAAUCAGUUCUAGUACAACCUGUAAAUUGUCUAUAUUCUUGUGCAUUUAGGCAGAGUGGUUUGUGCAUUAGCUGCCUGGGUUAAUUAUAUCCAAUUCAAUCAAAUUGUUAACUGCAAGCCCCUCCAAAACAACAUGUCAAGAUCCGACAGCAGGUCAAUUGUUCUCUUCUAAAUUCUAGUGUGCGUCUGAUCUGAGAGCUCCAAUCAUUAAACCUUCCUCUGCUACUUGGUCUUCAGAUUAGUACAUAUCAACAUUGAUUUUUCUUGAUCACAUGAUUCACAAUUUCACACACAACCAGCAACAAUCACCAAGCUCUGUAAGCUACAGCACCUUCGUACAACUGAUUAUUUCAAGCAUUAGUUGAACCUCCUUUUCGAAAAUAAUGAGUUAAGCAGUAGCCUCCAGAAACUAUGUGGUUUCAGAAUUAUCGGUGACUGUUGACCUGAUAAUACAGUAGCAGCACCCAAGAAUGCAAUCCUAUUGACCCAAAUUUCAGAACUAUCUGAUCAAUUGUCUUUGGCUGGGAAAUCGCCUGGAGAUUGCUGGCCUAGAAGGUUUCUUUCUGAAAAUGAAAAUGGAAAUUGGGCGUGGUAAAUUUUGUUGGGAUGUAGUACCUUGUAGAUAUUGGCCAUCUACCAUCAUAUCGAACUUGCAGAGAGAAAAUCGUCAUAAGUUAAAUUUCAUCACGGCCGGCUGGCCAGGAAAUUGGUAAUUGAAUUGGAUGGUUGAAGUGAUUAAUCAGUUCUAGUACGACCUGUAAAUUGUCUAUAUUCUUGUCAUUUAGGCAGAGUGGUUGUGGCAUCAGCUGUCUCACUAUAAUUAAUGGUUAGAUGAUGCUUCAAUCAAUUGUUAACUGCAAGCUUCUCCAAAAUAACAUGUUGACAGCCAGCAUGCAGGUCAAUAUUUUCUUCUAAAUUAUAACGUGCAUCUGAGAGCUCCAAUCAUAAAGCCAUCCUCCGCUACUUGUUCUUCAGAAUAGCAUAGCAUAACACCAUACAGCUGAUUAUUACAAGAGAAGAGAUAACGUCGAAGGAGAGGAUAUGACAUUUUUUUGUAUGAUUAUAGAGGUCGUGUUCCUCAGCUUUUGAGGAAAUUGGGCACAUCCUGUUUACUUCCGCUGUCCACGGGUGGCCUGUUUUCUUGAGACCACAAGUUUUAGAUGUAGGUUUGAACAGGCUUGAUAUACUCAACCUGAACUGGAUGUAUUGAUUUGUGAAGUAGUACUCCGUAGUAGCUUACAGAAACUACGCGGUUUGAGAAAUAUACUCAACCUGAAUUGGUUGUGUUGAUUUAUUAAGUAGUAGCUUGCAGAAACUACGCGCUGUUCAAAAAAGCUUGCAGAAACUACGCGGUUUGAGAAAUAUACUCAACCUGAACUGGUUGUGUUGAUUUAUUAAGUAGUAGCUUGCUGAAACUACGCGGUUUGAGAAUUAUCUGUUACUGCUAGCUAAUAGAAAGAUUUGAUUCUUCCAAAAAAGAAAAGAAAAGAUUUGAUUGAUCUAUAUACCUGACCUGAUAAUACAGUAGUAUCACCCAACAAUGCAAUCCAAUUGACUGCAAAAUUUCUUGACAGGAAACCAAUGUUAUUUUAUCACACAGUGCAUUUUCAUUUGUUCAAAUUGUAUAAUUAAGUUGGUCACUGGGGACAAAUACCUCACCUGCUUGCUUGCCACCAGCAAACACUACUGUAAAAUAUUCAGCCACCUCGAGUUUGUUGCCCAGUCAAAUGUCCUUGCUUUAAUGAAGGAGACUUGUUAGUUUAAGCAGAGCUGGCCAUCUAGCUAAAACUUUUUAGGACUCCGAUGCACACCGUGCAGCAAGUCUUGUUAUGAAGAAGAGAAUUGCCAACUUGACAUCAGGCACUUAGGCUUGUAGCUUGAUUCCCCUUAUUAAUCCACCUGCCCUGAUCAGCUGCUAGAUACACAUCUACCAUUCACCUCCAUAUCGUAGUGAGAAAGGAGAGCAAUGGAGGCGACGGCAGUGAGUGUUGGCAAGGCCGUGCUUGACGGUGCACUGGGCUACGCCAAGUCCAAGGCGGCGGAGGAGAUCGCGCUGCAGCUUGGUGUCGAGCGCGAUGUGGACUUUAUCACGGAUGAACUGCAGAUGAUGCAGUCGUUCCUGAUGACGGCUGACGAGGAACAAGCGAAGAACAAGGUGCUCCUGACCUGGGUGAACCAGAUCCGUGACCUGGCCUACAAGGUGGAAGAUAGCCUCAUGGAUUUUGGCCUCCACACAGAAAAGAAGCCAUUCUGGGGGUGCAUUCCCCGCAACCCAUGUGAUCGACGCCGUAUUGCCAGGGAAGUGAAGGAGCUGAGGGCCAAGGUGGAGGACGUUAGCAACAGGAACCUGCGCUACCGCCUCAUCAACGAGACCGCUGGUACCAAGCCUACUGCAGCAGAGGAGCAGGCCAGCAUUGCCAGUGCGGCGAUGUUUGGCAUCAGCGAAGCAAGUCUUGGCGGCCUGCAGAAGGAAGAAUUGAAGGGGGAUCUCCGUCAGUUGAUCACCAGUGAGGAGGAGGAACUUAGGGUGGUUGCCAUGUGGGGAACAAAUGGUGACCUUGGGAAGACGUCAGCUAUCCAAGAGGUUUAUGAUGACCCAAAGGUGUUGAAAAAGUUUAGAUUCCGUGCUUGGAUUAGGUUGAUGCAUCCUUUCAAUCCACAAGAGUUUAUUCAGAGCUUGGUGAGGCAGUUCUAUAAAAAUUCUCAUGAUGAGGUUGCAAACCCCAAAAAAGAAACAAGUAUUGGCGCUAAUAUUCUGGGGAAGAUGCAGAAGAUGGAUCAGAAUGAGUUGGUUCAUGUUUUCAAUACACAAGCGAGUAGCAAUAGCUACCUGAUUGUAGUAAAUAAUCUAUCCACGAUAGAAGAGUGGCAUUGCAUCAAAGAGUACUUUCCUGAUAACAAGAAGCAAAGUAGAAUCAUUGUUUCCACUCAGCAAGUUGAAAUUGCAAGCUUGUGCACAGAGAAACCGUACCAAGUGUCAGAGCUCAAGCAGUUGUCGUGUGAUCAAACUAUUUAUCUGUUCCAUAAGAAGAAUUCAGAGGAGCGGGUCAGCAUGAACAGUGCUAGUGCGGCAAUACUCAACAUGAACGAAGAAAAACUUGCUGCCGUCGAGAAGGAGAAAUUGAAGGCUAUGCAUGCAUCGUGUUCUGCCGAGCCCAUGUCUGACUCAAACGAUGUUAGUAGUACCGAGGAAAACACAUCAAUGCCCACCAGUGAAAUACUGGAGGAGGACCAAGAACCUAAAAAUGAAAGUGAAGACAAAGUUAGUAACUCAACUGCUAGAAAGCAGUUUGAUCGCAGCAGGACAUUGGCACUGGUUGAUGAAGUGAUCUGUGGGCGAGAGACAGAGAAAUCCCUUCUUAUCAAAUUAAUUGGCCAACCGGGCAACAAUCAACGACGUAAGGUGAUCUCAGUUUGGGGAAUGGGGGGUCUUGGGAAGACUACUCUUGUCCGAAGCGUCUACCGAAGCCAACAGCUUGGCGGCUGGAAGCAAGCUUGGGCCACUGCAUUGCGUCCUUUUAAUGCUGGAGCACUACUUAGGGAUUUGGCUUUGCAGUUUCAAAAAAAUAUUCAAGAAGAUCCUGCUGAAGCAACAACAACUAAAGAGCAAAAGAAAAUCAUAUCAGUGAUGAAACUUCAAGAGUUGAAGGAGGAGUUAGCUCGGCUACUAAAAAUACAGAAGUGCCUUGUUGUUCUUGAUGAUAUAUCGUCCAGCUAUGAAUGGGAUUUGAUUAAAGAGUGUUUGGAUAACGCGGGAAGGAUUAUAGUCACGACAAGAGAAAAAAAUAUUGCCAAGCAUUGUUCAAGAGAAUACAAGAACAUGUACAGUCUUGAAGCUCUGAAAGAUGAAGCUGCACUUGACCUCUUCAUAAAGAAGGUAUUCAAAGAUCACACUGGAAAAAAUGACUUAUUACCGGCUAUGGUGGAGCAAGCAAGACUUAUCCUAAAGAAAUGUGAUGGACUUCCCCUGGCAAUAUCGACUAUAGGUGGAUUCCUAUCCACUAAGCCAAAAACUGCUAUUGAAUGGAGGAAGAUGUAUGAUUGUAUUAGCUCCGAACUGGAGAUUAAUCCUGAACUCAGGACAAUAAAGUCAGUUCUUAUGAGGAGCUACGAUGGAUUGCCGUACCAUCUGAAGUCUGCUUUCUUAUACCUGUCCAUAUUUCCAGAAGACUGCAAAAUUCGGUGGGAUCGCGUGGUGAAGCGGUGGAUUGCAGAGGGUUACUCAAGGGAUAUGCAUGGCAUGACUGGAGAGGAACUCGGUCGCAGGUACUUUCAUGACCUUUUGGAUAGGAGCAUGAUCUUGUCAGGAGAAGAAGUAAACCAUUACAAUGGGAGAAUCAAUUCUUGCCAACUUCAUGAUAUCAUCCGUGAAAUAUGCAUAUCUAAGGCGAGGGAGGAAAACCUUGUUUUCACACUGGAGGAAGGGUUUUGUUUGAGCAGCACACAAGGUGCAAUACGACAUCUUGUCAUAGGCAGCAGUUGGAAAAGGGAUAAAGACGUGUUGGAGACCAUGCUGGACUUGUCGCAUGUACGGUCAUUGACUGUUUUUGGAGAGUGGAGACCGUUUUUCAUCUCCAAUAAGAUGAGGUUCCUCCGAGUUCUCGAUUUGGAAGAUACAGUAGGGUUAAGAGAUCAUCAUCUGGAUCAAAUCGGGCUGCUCCGUCACCUCAUGUACCUCUCUUUACGAGAAUGUGCGAACAUUUACUGCCUGCCUAAUUCUUUGGGGAAUUUGAAGAACCUCCAAACACUUGAUGUUAGAGGAACACGUAUAUUUGAGUUGCCAAGAACAAUCACCAAGCUUCUUAAGCUACAACACCUUCGCACAACUGAAUCUUUGCUGAUAACCGGCAAAGUCAAAGCAGAGGUUGACAUAUUUGAGAAUUACAAAGAAUUUAAUGAAGUUCCUCUGUUGAUCAAAUUGUUGGGCAAGUCUUGUUCAUUUUUUCUGCAUAAAAGCCCUCUUUUCUUGAGACCACAAGUUUUAGAUGUUGGUUUGGACAUGCAUGAUAUAUUCGACCUAUACCGGUUUGCCAUGUUCUGUCUAGCAGAGACUGGUGAUUUCUGGGAUGCUCGGGUGUAUGGUUUUGAAGUUCCUAGAGGGAUCGGUAAGCUAAAGGCUCUGCACACACUGGGUGUUGUCAAUAUUGCACGGGGCAGGGGAAAGGCCACUCUGAACGAGUUGAAAGAGCUCACUCGGCUGCGUAAGCUUGGAGUAACUGGUGUUGGCGACAAAAACAGCAAGGAGUUGUGGUCUGCCAUUGCGGGUCACAAUCAACUUCGGUCUCUGUCAGUGCAAGCUGGGUCCCGUUAUGACAAGUUGGAUGGUAGUUUGGGUGAGGGUUUGUUGCCACCAAGCUGCCUCGAGAGCCUGAAGCUGUGGGGCAAGCUAGUCCAAGUAACCUCAUGGAUCCAUCAGCUUCAAAACCUCUCCAAGUUGACGCUAGAUCGUUCCAGAUUGGAGCAAGAUGAUGAUGCCAUACAAGCCCUUGGGGUGCUACCUAAUCUUGCAGUUGUACGCCUGAAGUGGGGGUCGUUCAAUGGGAAGCAGCUCCGUUUCCAAGGCCCUUCUUUCCCAAGCCUCGUGGUGCUGGAGCUUUAUGGAGUACUGGACCUUGAAUCGGUGUUGUUUGAAGGAGACGCAAUGCCUAGGCUCGUGCUGCUGCAAGUUAAUCGGUGCCAUUCGCUGAAGGAAAUCUCCGGGCUGGCAGUCCCCACGAGCCUCAGGGAAAUUCGGCUGGGUGAUUUAGUUGCCCCUGAAUUGAAGGAAGAGGUGCAGAGGCAGGUCGCGGAGCAUCUGAAGCACGUCAGGCUGAGUCUCUCGUAAUGGUGUACGCAGAAAUCUCUAUGUACAUCUCAUGGCUGUAUUUCCAUAAUCAGAUCUGCAGGGAUGCUAAAAUGUGUGUAUCGAUCUGCAUUGGCCAUUAGCAACACUGCAAGUCAUGUAUUUUCACGAUGUAUUUUCAGUGUCAGAUUGGUGUACGUGCAUUCAGAGUUAUGUCUUUGUAUGAUAAAAUAUCAUGGAUCGGUUCAGACGAAUGCUUUUGAUGAUAA